UCUCUCUCUUUCUCUCUAGCUACUCUCUGUUUCUUCAUUACUCAAUCAUUAUAGUGUUUUUAAGAAAACUUGACUUCAUCAAGUAACAAAUAAAUCAAAACCGAUGGGAAGAUCACCAUGUUGUGAGAAGAAGAAUGGUCUCAAGAAAGGACCAUGGACUCCUGAGGAAGAUCAAAAGCUCAUUGAUUAUAUCAAUAAACAUGGUUAUGGAAAUUGGAGAACUCUUCCAAAGAAUGCUGGGUUACAAAGAUGUGGUAAGAGUUGUCGUCUCCGAUGGACCAACUAUCUCCGACCAGAUAUUAAGCGUGGACGGUUCUCUUUCGAAGAAGAAGAAACCAUUAUUCAACUUCACAGCAUCAUGGGAAACAAGUGGUCUGCGAUUGCGGCUCGUUUGCCAGGAAGAACAGACAACGAGAUCAAAAACUAUUGGAACACUCACAUCAGAAAAAGACUUCUAAAGAUGGGAAUCGACCCGGUAACACACACUCCACGUCUUGAUCUUCUUGAUAUCUCCUCCAUUCUCAGCUCAUCUAUCUACAACUCUACGUAUCAUCAUCAUCAUCAACAAAUGAACAUGUCGAGGCUCAUGAUGGGUGAUGGUCAUCAACAACCAUUGGUUAACCCCGAGAUACUCAAACUCGCAACCUCUCUCUUUUCAAACCAAAACCACCCCAACAACACACACGACAACCAAACCGAAGUAAACCAAUACCAAACCGGUUACAACAUGAUUGGAAAUCAAGAAUUACAAUCUUGGUUACCUAUCAUGGAUCAGUUCGCGGAGUUCCAAGACCUCAUGCCAAUGAAAACGACGGUCCAAGAUUCACUGCCUUCGUUCCCAUCAAAUCACGAAGACGACUAUUCCAAGUCUAACUCUGUAUUAGAACCUUAUUACUCGGACUUUGCCUCGGUCUUGACCACACCUUCUUCAAGCCCGACUCCAUUGAACUCAAGUUCCACAACUUACAUCAAUAGUAGCACUUGCAGCACCGAGGAUGAAAAAGAGAGUUAUUACAGUAAUAAUGUUAUGAGUACUUCUGAAAUUGCUGAUUAUUCGUUUGAUGUUAAUGGUUUUCUGCAAUUCCAAGAAACAAAAAACCAUUGGGAUAGAGUUAUGUAAAAAAAAAAAAAUUGUAUUUGUUAUUUAGAUUUUGUUACAUAUACAAUAUACUAUAGUUUUUAAA